UCUCUUGAUCAAGACACCAACCACUAUUUAGGGUAUUGAAAAGGAUUAAAGGAAUAGGUCAUUGUAACAUAAAAAGAAUAGGUCAUUGAAUAUUACGUUACAAAGGUUGGAUAUUUGGCGGCUUAAGGUAGGGUGCAUAACCAUGGAUUAUGCACUCAUUUAUAACUAAAUUUGGAUCCUUUAUUUAGAAAAUUCAUAUCUAAGGAUGGAGAAUUAAAAGUCAUUUUUAUUUUUUCUAGCUUUCUUAAUCGGCUCUGUUGAUGUGACUUGAAUCGGACUAUCAGCCGCUACGACUGGUACUCGAGGGUCUCGCUGCCCGGUCAGCGAGUGGGGUCCAGGGGCAACGCCCCCGGCCCACGGUGUAUGGGCUCAAUGUUAUUUGGGUUCGGGUUCUGGGCCUGGUUUGUAACCAUUUCCUUUACCAGAUUGGAUUAGGUUUAGACCCACAUGGAGAAGUAGUAUAAAUACUUCUCAUACUCCUCUGUAAUCUGUGAUCUCCUCGAUAUAGUGAAAUUGGCUCUCUCUUGCCCGUGGACGUAGCUAACACACAUCGUGUUAGUGAACCAUGUAAAUCGUGUGUCUGUGUUUUUCGAUUCUCGCUUUCGUAUUCUUGCUUUAUCGAUUCCUGCGAUUUCCCGAUCCGUAGCAGCGCGUUUAUAACAGGCUCAUAUCUUCUUCGUUUUAACUCGAAUUUUAAUUUUUUUAGCACAAAUGGAAUGAGUUCGUUGUGCUCUACAAAAUGAGAUCCAUUUUCAAUAUUUUUUGAGAGAAAAAAAUUCUUGCCUCUCGGUACCAACUGCAUACCAUAUGGUAUCUUCUUCGUUUUUAAUUCGUUUUUGAGAACAUCUGCACAGAAGGAACGAGUUCAUCAUGAUCUAUUGGAUCUACAAAUUUCUGGGUGAACAAAUUACAUGACCAAAAAAUACCACACAAUACCACCCUGGUACGGGGUGGUAUCGUGUGGUACACAAUGUUAAAUGUCAUAAAUAAAAGUUAUUAUACUUCUACUAUCAUGUCAAAAGUCGUAAAUAACAGUUAUAUAUGUCAGUACUAUUGGAGUAUACUAGACUAUCUGGCAAUGUCCCCGAUCGACGAUGUAUGUAUCGAUACAGGUUUGGAUUUCUGUUCUGCGCCUGCUUCAUAACCUUAUUAUCUUUUAACCAUAUUGGAUUAGGGUUAGGCUAUAUAGAGAAGUACUAUAAACACUUCUCAUCCCCCCUAUAAUAUGUAUCUAUUCGAAGUAUGGUGAAACUGACUCUCUCCUCUCUGUAGACUAGCUAACACACAUCGUGUUAAUGAACCAUGUGAAUUCCUGUGUAUUGUUCGUUUCUUGCUUUCGUUUUAUCUUCCUUUGUCGAUCCGCGAUCAGAAUUCCCGAUCCGUAGAAACCGUCGUGACAUAUACUAUACCCCUACUACUCAUAGUGAGAUAUCUCCAUCUAGACCAUGAAUUAAACCGAAUUUGUGGUAUGAUAGUAUAUAUAUAUACUCUAACAUCUAAUGGAGAAACCCCGAGCUCUAAUUCACGAUUCUCUAAAAUCAAACCCAAAUUUCAAUUUAAUGAAAAAAAUAAUAAGUGACCGUUGAAAAUGAUCGGGACCCAUCAAAAUACAUCUAACGAACAUUGCAGUACACCCGUCUUUACCAUAUAAGUCUUAUUGUUAUAGAGGUAGUUUUCCCAUAGCUAUCGCCAUGAUUGCGGUGGUGGUAAGAAAAUGCACGAAUCAAGAAUCAGCUUGCGGCAGUGAAUUCAUCAUCAUCAUCACUUGUUGUUGUGUUCUUUCUUUACCUUGGGGUUUUGGUUGGUUGGUUGGUCGUCAACGAGGAAGAAGUAAACUGACGACAAAAAGUCUUUCUUUCUGCAUAGGAAUAGUACUCCACGUACAAGACUCCCGUCCAUAUCCAGAUUAAGUUGAGACUUGAGAGACUAUAUAUAUACAGCCAAUUACGUCUCGCAGUCGCACAGUUUAUUAUGGAUCAUUUGCCGCGUUAAGUAAUGAAUGAUACUUUGUGGGUUGGUUGGAGCUAGGAGAAGAUUAAGACAACUUAAUUCAUUUAGCUAGAAAGAACCAGAAAUUCUGAUUACUGGGCCGAGAGAGAUGAAUGAAUGAAUGGAUGGCUUAAAAAACCUACCUUGUGGAAUAAGCUGAACGUCCGGUGCCUGCCUACACAUUUCCCGUCAGCAAGUGCGUCAUUUGAUUUCUUCUUCCGUACUUGCGUUUUGCAUUUUCGCUACCUACCUGCCUGCUGUUUUGCGACAAUAAAUACUCUAACUUUCAAUAGAUAAAUCUUUUGAUUUUGGUUCUCUAAACCGAAAACAAAAAAAUUAAUUUAACAAAAAUAGCAAUUGACAAUUUUGAAUUUGUCAAACUACAACGCGCGAGUACAUCCAACAUUCAUAUCACUCAAAUAUGAUAUAUUCCAAAAGUAGAGUUACCGUCAGUUUAUAUAAAGCUAUUGUUUAUGUAAUAAAAAAAUUUAACUUUAUCAUUCAUUCAUUCUGUACUCUCGUCCAACAGUUUUUUUAGUGAAGAAAGAGACAUCGUAAAAUGUCCACAAGCUAACCCUCGUGCAUUGACUCCCCCAAAUAUGCAAACUUUUGCUCUUUCUUAAUUUUAUCUUUAUGAGUCCAGCCUGGCCCCACCAGUGAUUGGGCAACUGCUAGCCCAGCCCAGCCCGUACGGGCCGCAAGUAGGCCCACCCAGCCCACUAGCACCCAAAUACCGUUUUCGAAAUCUAACGGUAAAACACAACAAAAGGAGAAAAAAAAUCAACGACGCAACAUAACGAUCUCACGAGGGUACAGCAGAAUUACCUGGAGUAGCAACACAGGUAAGCCGAGACACCCGCCGAAAACAAGACCCGUUCAAAACGACCGCUCAUUGGCGGAGGCCAGAGGACAAUCCGGUAAUUUCACCCUCCAUCGGAACAACCGCGUGGAAGUUUCCACAUAACCCAAAAAAAAUGCGCCAUUUUUUUCCAGCUUCACUCGGCUUUCUUUCUCCCGCCAUUUUCAUAACACCCUAUAAAUACCAACAAAAAGAAGCCACCCUCCACCUCAUAAAAAAAAACGCAAAACUUUCCACCCAAAAAGAAAAAAAAAAAAAAAAACGCACACAGACCAAGCAGAGACAGCAAUGGAGGAGCUGCCGCCUGGCUUCCGCUUCUACCCAACCGAGGAAGAACUCGUCUCCUUCUACCUCCACCACCAGCUCCAAGGAACCAGGCAGGACCUCCACCACGUCAUCCCCGUCGUCGACAUUUACGAGCUCGAACCUUGCCACCUUCCAAGCGUAGCGGGAGAGAUGUGCCGAGGGGACACGGAGCAGUGGUUCUUCUUCGCGCCGAGGCAGGAGCGGGAAGCAAGAGGAGGGAGGCCGAACCGGACCGCCGGGUCGGGUUACUGGAAGGCGACCGGGUCUCCGAGCUACGUCUACACCGCCAGCGGGAGAGUGAUCGGGUUGAAGAAGACGAUGGUUUUCUACACGGGGAAAGCUCCCGCUGGAAGGAAAACCAAGUGGAAGAUGAACGAGUACAGAGCCAUACAAGGACCAAGGCACGACGACUCGGCGGCGGCAUCAUCAUCGACUUCGUCGUCGUCCAGCCAGCCGCCCGUUCCCAAGUUGAGGAGUGAGUACAGCCUGUGCCGGAUCUACGUGGUGUCGGGAACCUUUGGAGCGUUUGACAGGCGGCCGCUGGAAGAUGCGAUGAUGAUGGGAGAAGCACAGCCACAGCCACAACCACAGCAGCAACAACAACAACAGGCGCUGCUUCUUCCACAUGGUCAUGAUGUGCCUUCCGCCAUUGCAGACAUGGAUGUUGAUGCUGAUCAUGAUCUAGAGCUGCCAUUCUUUGACUUGCCGGAAGAGUUCGACUGGCCAUGAUCGGCGGUGAUCAUAACUAAGGGUUCCGGCGUGCAUGCGCCUACUGCAUGCAUGCCCGGCCGUUGUCUGUAGUGUUAUACCGAUACAUACAUCGAUGUAUUCAUCUUGACAUGGUAUAUACUUGAAAAAUACCAUGGCAAUAGAUAAAAAUUGUCUUGGCUGUAGGAAAUUCUUUGGCCCUUCAAUAAUAUUACAAUUACAAUAUGUGCAUGUGGCUUCUGCGCCCUAUCUAGAAACAUGUUCCUUUCUGCACGGCUUCAUGUUUCCGAUGUUGUUGUUUUCUUUCCUGAUCUAUGGCUAAUUCUGCAUCCAUUCUUCUCCCUAAGGAAUUUUACAAUGUCAUAUAGGGUUGGUGUUUUGGGUUUUUGUAUUUAUGGUACAAUUUGAAGUUGUACCUUUAACAUUAUGGUUCAACUUCAUAUUGUAGCUAUACUUUUUAUACAAAUUCUUGUAUGGUACAAUUUGAACUUGUACUUUUAUAUGAUGGUACAACUUCAAAUUGUAAAGUUGUACCAUAACAUAAUGGUAUCAAUUCCCUUCUAGUACAACCUAAACUUAUACAUUUAAUGUUAUAGUACAACUUCAAGUUGUACAUUAAAACACCAAUACUAUAUAGCAUAGUAAAAGUGCUCUCUUCCAUAGAAUUGAUCGGGGUUAUAAAUGAAGUUGACUUAUAAGUUGAGUGUGCUUUAAUCCAUUAUUAAUAUUGGGGGUCGUGGAGAUUCGAAUACGUGAUCACUUGGUCAAACAGGCUCUGAUACCAUGUCAUAAACCAGUUGGUCCCAAUAACUCGAGUUGUUAGAAAAAAGUUAUGUUGAAUCUUAUACCACACUCUUACAUCUAUAACCAAUUAGACUCCAAAAGAUUUUUUACCACGAUAAUAUAUAUGUUGAAUUUGACACCCAAUGAAAUGAGAGACAUCAAAAGAAUCAUAAGAUGAGAUAUAUAUCUAAUCGCAUGGCUUCUUUUAUUACGAGAAAAACAAACAACAAUGUACAGUAGCUUUUGCUUUCAUCAAUUCUUACCACUUCAAGAAUUCAAGAGAUUUAAUUACAUGAAAGUAGUAGUGUAAAAAGGAACGAUGAGCACGUUUCAAUCUUUGUUGAAAAUGUGCAGAUUCAGCAUUUCAGGCCACUAUAUGCUGCAUUUUUGAAAUGUUCAAAAGACUAAUUGUCUCUUAGUGCCAAAUUCACCAGCUGUGACAAUUACCAACAAGUCAAUCAAAAUCUCAUCUCUCCAAUCCAUUCCAUUCCCCCUUAUUUAAAUAUUCAUUUUCUCUAAUAAUCCAUGUUGGUUUUACCCUCUAAAUUACAUGGGAAUACAGCAAAAAUCCAUAUUCAAGAUGCAUGAUAUAACUGUAAAUGGGAGUGGUUAACAUACAUACAUGGAUAUUUUCUAAUAACUCGAGUUAUUAAAAAUAACUGAUUCAUAACAUGAUAACAAAACUGGUUUGUCAUUGGGAACAAGUGUUUAAGUACUCAUGAUCACUAAUAUUAACGAUUUUCUUAAAGCACAUGGUAUGAGGAGCAUGUGCAAACUUCAAGUCCAUAAAUUGACUUUCAUUUGAAGGGACGUGUAAGCAAGUGGUUAAGAUACGUACAUAUAUAGGCUUUCUCCAUAUAGGGACCAACGACUCCACGAUCAAUACAGUAAAAAAAUGCAAUUCUACGUAAAAACGUUUUGAUAACCUAAAAGUGUAAGGUUUUAAACUUUAAAGCACAAUUUCGACAAUAUCGUUGAUGGCAAAACCUACAAUCAGCCAGCAGCCAUGUCCAUUUCCAAAACUGACCAACCCACCACCAUAGUUAGUUUUUAACCUACACUUUCUUUGACACAUGCAGUAGCCAGCUUGUUUCCACGGGCAUGCUGCUGCUGCUGCUGCUGAUCUCUAAUCCUAAUCCUCGAUAUCGUUUUGGCUCUGAACUAAUUAGUGGUAAUGGUGGAAAAGUUUCGUUUCUUUCAUGAUGAUGAUGAUGGAUUUGGAAACCAGGGAUCUUCUUCUUUCCGUCCAGAGCUAAGCUAGCUAAUACUUUUUAUCAUUGGACCACAUCUCCACGAUCACCGUCUCGGUGGGAAGUUACCCAGUUGAUCAACAUCACCACGAGCGAAGAGGAACACCCACAAUGUUCACACUUCAUGAACUCAAGAACAGAAAGAAGUAACAAGAAGUCUCUGUACAUUAUACAUUCAUUGACAUUUUCUUGUAUUGACAAACGCCAUUUUCUUCCUUUUAUUCAUUUCUAGUCAUCGUCCAUCGCCAUUACUUUAUACAGCAAUGGAAAUGCGAAAUGUCCUGAAAUCCCCCUCCACCACUUUAAAUUAAAUAAGCAAUUAAAACCUUUGCAGUCAUUUUCCUGACCUAUCUUUUCUAAUGUUUAGGAACAGAGCAGCAAACAGAAUGAUAAUGAUAUGACUUUUAGAUUAGAUUUUAACUUUCAAGCAAUAGCCCUUCUGUCCUAAAUUUUCCACUCUGGUUUUGCGCACAGAACAAACUUAGCACCUUCACUACGAGAAAAUAUGGCUUUGGAGACAAAUAAUUAGAGACAAUUAUUGUAUAUCUCUCUCUAUCUAAUCUAAAGUCGCAAAUACAUUAUUUGUCUCUAUACCUCAUAUUAUUGGUCUCUGUCUCAUAAUAUUAAUUUUAACUUAUAUAAAAUGAAUUUGAAAUAAUAGUUUUAGAAGCAAAUGCAAAUGUUUCAAAUGGUUAUGUUGUACGGAGGCAAAUAUUAAUAUUUUUGGAACACCUCUUCACCUUCCUGCAUCGAGGUGGCGAAUAUCCUCGGAUAUUUGCAGUAACAAUCAAUGUUGAUCUAGUCUCCGACACCCCUGCCCUUCGUCGUCGGAUUCCUCUUCUCGUCUUAGCAGUCGACUAUGUCUAAAGGGAGGAAGAACAGCUGCGUGGUGUCUAAGGAGAGGAAGAACAGUGGCGCGGAGAUGAUUAGCUUAAUAAACGUAGUAGAAGCAAUUUAUUCUUUAUGUAUUGGUUGUAUUUAUCUUUUUUAUGGGCAAUGUAUUCGUCUAUUUUAAAAAUAAGUGCAAUACAAAGCUAUUAAUAAAAUUUGAAUUGUUAUUUUGUCCUUAUAAAACUGAAUGGUGUGAGUGCUCUUCAUUUCUCACGAAACAAAAUUGUCACAUAUAAAAUAAAAUAAAAUUGAAUCAAAAUUAUGAAAGUUGAAUUAGAAGGAAGAUUAUUUGCUUCUAAAACAAAUAUUAAGGUAUUCUAGAAACAAAAUAUAAUUGUUUUUCAAAUCUAGUAAUAGGAACAAAAACAUUUCUCCCUAAAACCAAAUAAAAGAUAAAAGAUAGUGUUUUAA